AUGAAAGAACUGCCUUUGGAUUUUCAUUUGCGCCAUUACACCAAUUACACCAAUACCGUGGUCUUCGACACUAUCAAUGCCGUGCCAGGACUUAAGACCAGCGCAGCCUUCUUCUCCUUCUUACGCGCAAACCUAGUCCUCCCCUCCUCGACCCUAAACUCCACAACCUCAACACCUCUCCUCGACCCAUCUUCCUCGCAAACUCUCCCACCUCUCGGCCCUUCCACACUCGCAACCAUGUCCUCUGCCGAUGAUGCAGGCGACGAAGUUCUCCUUCCUCCGAACCCCCUCGAAGGCGUCCCAGAGCUCAUAACCAAGCCCCUAACCACCGAGGAUGACAAGAUCUCCGCCUUAAAGCUCGUCGCAGAUUCGAUCGCGCAACAGAGGAACAUAGCCGCGAGCGCCAUUAUCUUCAAUCCUCUCAUACUGGCUCUAUAUAUCGGAUUGAUGGCGGCUAUCAGUCAAUAUCUGUAUAAAGACAGGGGAGAUAUUGGAGUGGUCAUUACGACAGGAGCAGGUGUUACGAUGGCAUGUUUGGUCGCCAUUCGUAGUGCGACCGGAGGUUAUCUAACAGCAGCCGAAGAAAUGACGUGGAAAUGGGCGCAGAAUGAAGAUGGUGAGGAUGAUAUCAUCAUCGGGUCGAGAUUUGGGGAUGAAAUUAUGGGUGCGGCUGUACUAAGAUUGGAGAGGAGUGGAAAUGGUGGUGCGAAGAAGAAGAAGGCGAGUGGAAAGACGGGAGGAAAGGGUUUGGUAAGAGCUUGGACUGUUAGAGUCAAGUAUAGAGGAAAGGGAGUCGGAACUGAGUUACUCGAGGAAGCGGUCAGGAUUACGAGGGAGAAGUUGGGAAAUUCGGCAGAGAUUGGGUUCGCGGCUGAGCAUGCGAAUAGCAAGAAGGUGCUGCCGAAUUUCUUCAAUGGUAUAUUCAAGAAGAAGGAAGCGAGAGCUGCGAGGGCGCUGGAGAAGGUAGUAGAGAGUAUGGAUGGGAAAAAGAAGAAAUAG